CAAUUUUGCUGUUUACCACUGUUGAUUUAAAACUAAGUGUACACUACUUUUGUUUAUUUUACCUUUGUCAUUACAAGAGUGCUCCAGCUAAUUGCUUCUCUUUUCAAGAUAAUAAAACACAUAGGACAACAUGAUGUCCACAUAUGAGAUUAAAAAGAAACGUAAAACAAUCACCAUAUCAACAUGUGUGGUAGCUUGCAGACAACUCUAUUUUGUUUUCAUCUAAAAAAACAAUAAAUAGAUCAAGUCUUAUCCAGUAUCCCCACACAACUACCCUAAAAGGGUUAAAGAAAUUCAAUUAUAGUAUCUAUCCAGUAAGCCAAAAACAUGAGUUACAAAAGUGGGCGUAAAAGGAAGAUUGGUAACUACCUCCGAAAGAUGCAAUAUGGCCAGGGAGCUACAACAAUGCAUGGCAGUGACGGUUGAAAUGAGCUGCAGGCUGCAGCGCAAACCUCGAUUCCAAACCGUUUUUAUUCAUGUAGGCCUCAACCGCUUUAAUGCAAAGGUUCUAUGGUGCAGCUGCGUGUGCCAUCUUCUGUACCUUCAUUACACUCAUAGCAUUGAAUGGAGGGUAGGAUAUCAUUCAAACAAAACACCUCAGCAUCUUGCCAAAAUGAUAUUUCUAACACAACUACACAAGAAUUAAUUUUUUAAAAAUGUAAUACAAGAAUAAGCUUCAGCUAAAAAGUACUCCCUCCGUCCCGCUAUAUUCGUCCACUUUUGACUUUUGGAACUGUUCAUCUAAGCACUUUGACUCAUCAAAUUCUCUCAAUGUGUAAGCCUAAAUAUAGCCAUGCGUGAUCUUGUUUGAUUUGUCUU